CUGACCACCAUUACCCGCAGCGAAGUUGUUGCGGUGGUGAUUGCUCAAGGCGGCGAGACGCACGCUCCUUCGCUGGCCGCCGCCGGGGCCGAUAGAGUUCUGAUCAUAGACAAUUCCUCUCUCGGGCCGGUUUGCGGCCGGGCGGUAGGCAACGUCCUGGCAGGGGCCGUGGAACGCGAGACACCUUACGCCAUCCUGUUUGCCUCCACCGCCGACGGCCGGGACCUCGCUUCCCGAUUGGCCGCUCGCUUGAGCCUGGGCCUGACCGGAGACGCCAUAGACCUGGAAAUCGACGACGAGGGGCAGCUGGUACAGCUAAAGCCAGCCCUCGGCGGUAACGUCGUCGCUCCCAUCCUGUCCAAGACCCUGCCCAACCUCGUCACGUUGCGCCCCGGCCUCCUCACCCCCGCUAGCCCUUCACGGGCUCCGAUGUUCGCCUCAUCAGGGAGGAAUUUCAGGAAGACACAGAAAGGGCGCGAUCUCGCCCGCGCACGGGUCGUGGUCGGUCUGGGCAUGGGGGUUGGCGAAGACGAAGUUGCCGGUUUAGUUGAGGUGGCUCGCUCGCUGGGCGCUUCUGUCGCCACUACGCGCGACGUCGUGCACGCCGGAUGGCUGCCCCAGCAGUUGCAGGUGGGGAUCAGCGGACGCAGCAUCGCUCCGACGGUUUACAUCGCCGUUGGAAUUCGAGGAGCGUUCAACCACACUGUGGGCCUGCAGCGGGCCGGCAUCAUUGUGGCGAUCAACCAGAACCGCCGCGCCACCAUCUUCCGGUCUGCCGACUUCGGAGUCAUCGGCACUUGGCAGGAAUUCUUGCCGCCACUGAUCAAUGAGCUACGCCCCGUGCUGGCAUCACUCACCUCAGGCUGA